UCGAGGACGAUGUUCAGGUAUCAAUCAAUACAUGUACAUACAACAGUGAUACGUGAAUUAAGAAGUGAAUACAACAAACAAUGACACGGCAACUAGUCUAGAUCUAGAAUCUAGAUAUAAAAUUUAGAUUCCUUACAAAAUGUAUUUUGUAGGUCGGAGGCGCGGCAGAAACACAUUUUAUAGAUCUAUGCCUAAAACAGCUAUUCAUUGCAUUUAGGCCCCUAUUAAUUUAUAAAAUUUUGAAACUUUCCACAAAUAAAAAAUAGUAAAAAUACAAUACAUUUGAUUGUCAGAUGAGAUUGUCAAUUUGACAGAAUUGUCAUUAGUAGAUCUAGAUCUAGAUCUAUCUACAAUUGUUAUAAAGAGUGAGUUGUUGUUGACUCAAUCGAGUAGUAUGUCGGCCAUAAUAUUAACAGCUGUAAAAUCUGUAUUGAGGAGAGAAUAUGUGAUUAUGAAGGGAUUUAAGUGCUAUGCAACAUCUGUGUUUAUCUCAGUUCGACAUUACAAUUGUGAAGUUACUAGUAUACGCAAUGGCCUUGUAGGUAUGGUUGGAAGAACUCCACUUGUUCGUCUUAAUAAAAUUAGUGAUGAAACAGGUUGUAAUAUAUUAGCAAAAGCUGAAAUGUGCAAUGGAGGGGGAUCUGUUAAAGAUAGGGCUGCCUAUUAUUUGAUUCAAGAUGCAAUCAAAAGAGGAAAUUUGAAGCCUGGUGGUACAAUCGUUGAAGGAACUGCUGGCAACACUGGAAUUGGCUUAGCACACUUGUGUCUUGCCAUGGGAUUUAAAUGUGUAAUUUUCAUGCCUAAUAAUCAAUCACAGGAAAAAAUAGACAUUUUGAAAACUCUUGGUGCAGUUGUUACAACUGUACCAGUGUGCCCAUGGGAUGAUCCAAACAAUUACAAUCAUCAGGCACGGAGAUUUGCUGAAAGUUUAGACAAUGCUGUUUGGACUAACCAGUUUGACAAUAGGGCAAACAGACAAGCUCAUAUUGAAACAACAGGUCCAGAAAUAUGGAAUGAAACUGGUGGCAAAAUAGAUGCUGUUACCUUUGGUACAGGAACAGGGGGUACACUGUCUGGUGUUGGAACUUACUUGAAAGAAAAGAAUAGUAAAAUCAGGGUGAUACUUGCUGAUCCACAAGGUAGUGUCCUUUAUAAUUAUUUCAAACAUGGAAAAAUAGAAAGAACACCUGGUGAUUCUAUCACUGAAGGAAUAGGCCAGGGUAGAAUAACAGAAAAUUUAAAAGAUGCACCGAUAGAUGAUGCCCGGGCUGUUAUGGAUGUUGAUGUAAUAAAUAUGACAUUUCGCCUGUUACAUGAAGAAGGGUUUUUUGUUGGAGCUUCAACUGGACUUAACGUUUCUUCUGCUUUUGAAGUUGCUAAGGAGAUGGGACCUGGACAUACUAUUGUUACAUGCUUAUGCGAUACAGGACAGCGGUAUUAUGCCAAAUUGUUCAAUAAAGAGAUCCUUAAAUCAAGAGGAUUAUAUGAAACACUUCCUGAUGUGUAUAAAAAAUAUUUACAUUAAGUUAAGCAUACAUUUUUUUUUUCAUUUGUGCUUUUCAAUUGUGCCUUUCAAAACUUUUAAUACUAAUAUAUUUUAAUAUGCAAGUGCAACUUCAAACAGACAUGUUAAUUAUAAUUAAUAUUAUAAUAAUUAUAUCAAAAAUGUAUUUAGAAAAGACUGUUAUAGACCUACAUGUAGAGAUAAUUAUCAAAUAUAUUUAGUGCUAACCACACUAUCUUUUCAUAUGCCAGAAAUAAAAACAGGUGAACUCUACUUCACCUGUCCCUUGGUUGGAAAGGGUAUUUUACUUAUUUACAGGGAAAAAAAACUUACCCAUAUUUAAUACAGGGCAUAAAGUUUAAAGUUGAUUGGAAUAAAUAAAAGUAAAAGGCAAUGUUUUAUAAUCUUAAUCAUAAAAAGAUAAGAAUUGUGGCCUAUUUAUAAAUAGAUAAUCUACUUCAACAGCCCAAUUGCUAUACUAUAAUCUCAAGUAGGCUUAAUACCUAAUGCUUGUGAUUAAAUACUCCCAUGAACACAUUUCCAAUUAUUGCUCACUAACACUGUAGCAAGCAGUCUUUUUACUCAGGUGUCACUCUAGCCCCAUAAGAAGUCUCAAUACAAAUUUUUGUCAACUUGAAAUGUGAUGUCUGGCCAAGUGGAGAGUAUGAGAUCUAUACUUAAGUUGUGGGUUAGGAACUUGUAUGGUCUUUGCAAAUGGUUUAAUUUUCUCUCCCCCCCCCCCCCCCAAGUACAUCCCAGUGGGAAAUCUGGCCACUGCUCAUAAUGUCUUGCUCUUAAAGCCUAGACCAUAUACCAAUAGUAAAGCUAAUAUACAAAUACUAAAAUAUGUCAUGAUUUUACAUUGAAUUGGAAGCAAGGUUUUUUUUCCCAAGUGUAAACAGAUAUAUAUUGUAAUAUUUAUCCCAUGUUGCUUUUAAUAUAUAAUUUAUCCUUCAAUGUAACUGUUGAAAUAUUUGAUUAAAAUGUGCAUUCUAACA